AGAGGAAGGGAGGGCGAUCUCGUCCGGACACUCAUAAGACCCAAUGGCUGAUGCAAGGUGGCCAGGAGCGCACGGACGCGACACAAGACGGUGGACUAAAGGGAGGAGGGGGGACAGAAAAAAAAAAGAAAGACCCCAACAUCCCCAGCAAAGGCAUUUCUGGAGGGACGAGAGAGGACGAGAGAGUCCGUGUAGGGACUUUGCAGGGGAGUCGAUCAUCGAGCCGUCGGAGCGUCAGGCGUGCGUCACGUUGUGUGGAGAGAGAGAGAGAAGAGGUCGGCCUCAGAAACACCUGCGUGGUGGACAGGUGACCUCCCGAGGCACCGAGGAGCAGCUGGGACUUGGUGAAAGCUUGGGACGGAAAACUUCACAGGAGAUGUCACGUCUCCCCACUUCUGAAUCACCGAUGCCACACUUCAGCCAAUCAGAUCAUUCGAUGUGCUUCCGCUCAGGUCAAUCGCCAGAAACAGUCAACUUGGACACAGAGCAUCUGUCUUUGGACUUUUGAGCUCUUCUUUUUUGUUGUUCCCAGAGCAAAGAGUGAAUACAGUCAAAAGAAGAAUCAAACAUUUAGUAGGUUUUUUUUUUGUGUGAUUUUAAAAUAACAGUAGCAACAGUACUCCAUGAUUUGGAAUGGACCAAGAUCUGAUCCUCUUUCACAUGCUAUCACACACCUGGAGCUGGGCUGUCACUGUAGGCACUGUGGGCCACUGACUCCCGGGAGCACCAAUCCUCCCCAAUGAAGCCGACCUGGUGGGCCCGCCUGGCACAGCCCGGCCUGCUCGCCGCCUGGACCUGCAUAUGGCUGGUGCAGGGGUGCGGACCGGGCCCUGGGUACGGCGUACGGCCCAGGCCCAGGAAGCUCACGGCCAUGCACUACAAGCAGUUUUUCCCCAACUUCUCAGAGAACAACCUCGGGGCCAGCGGGAGGGCAGAGGGCAAGAUCACGCGCAACUCUGAGCGCUUCAAUGAGCUUGUGUGCAACUACAACCCGGACAUUGUCUUCAAAGAUGAGGAGAACACCAACGCAGACCGCUUCAUGACCAAGCGAUGCAAGGACUGUUUGAACCGUUUGGCUAUUGCAGUGAUGAACCAGUGGCCUGGGGUUCAUUUACGCGUGACAGAGGCCUGGGAUGAAGACGGCCACCAUCCUCCUGGCUCUCUGCACUAUGAAGGCCGGGCUGUGGACAUAACCACCAAUGACAGAGAAACAGAGAAGUAUGGUCUCCUCGCCCAGCUGGCUGUGGAGGCUGGCUUUGACUGGGUCCACUAUGAGUCCAAAUAUCAUAUCCACUGCUCGGUGAAAGCUGAUCACUCUGUGGCAGUGGAAAAAGGUGGCUGUUUCCCCGGCUGGGCCCGGGUGACUGUCGCUGGAGGGGGGCAGAAGAGCCUGUCAGCGCUGGUUCCUGGGGACAGAGUCAUGGCCCUGUCCGGGACAGGCCAAGUGGUGUUCAGCCGAGUCCUCUUGUUCCUGCACCACGACCAAGAAAGCUGGUCUACUUUCCUGUCUCUGGAGACGGAAGAUGGCCACAGAUUGGCCCUCACCGCACAUCACUUGGUCUUUUUAGCCCCCCACUGCAGACUUGACAGCAGUGAGUACCAGGCUCACUUUGCUAUCAGAGCCAAAACAGGAGACUGUGUUCUGGUCCAUACAGCAGAGGGUCGUGUACGUCCGUCUCGAAUCAUCUCCGUUUCUGCAGAGGAGAGUAUGGGAGUGUACGCGCCUCUGACCGGAGCCGGGACGCUGUUUGUCGACGGGGUGCUUGCAUCCAGCUACGCACUGGUGGAACACCACAAUCUUGCACACUGGGCGUUUGGACCCGUGCGACUCCUCUUCUCAUUCAAUCAGCUACUAUGGGGGGAGACGACCGAAGAACAGCGGACCACUGACAGUGAAACAGCUUGCACUAAGACUUCCUUUGACUGUAGCACUUCAGCCGAGAAGGAGGGAGCAGGUGUAUAUGUGAAUAAUGGUAUUGUGAAUAAACAAGACAAUCUGAGUGAACCUCUGAGGAUGGAAGAGAAGCAUCUUUUGCAAAGACAGACUGCACAUGUGCACUGGUAUGCUAGAUUACUGUACAGUUUUGGAUGUAUCUUUUUAGACUCCAACAUAUUUCAUCCUUAAAAGCCUCCAAGUAUAAACUUAAUACAUGUCGUACAGCAGUUUUGAUACAUUUACACUUUCACUUCCUGUUCUCUCCUGCAAUAAAUUAAAAACAUUUGAAUGGCUUGCUUGUUUUUCCCUAUUAUUUGUUAGUAUAGUCUUUCACAUUUUCUUUAUAUAUAUACAGACACAGAUAGUCUGAGCAGGUUGAUGUAAAAAGGUAAUACCAAAAUCACUGUAUCAUAGUAUAUCUGUACAUCAAACUAUUUCUUUUAAUAGUUUUAGUUGUAUAUGUAGAAAAAUAUAUAUACACACAUAAUUAUAAUGGGGUUGGAACAAGAUUCCCAUCAACAAUAAAAUCUUUAUUUUUGUACUUUCUGAAUCAUAAUAUAUAGAUGUUUAAUUUUUUAUUAUACUACAUGUACUGUAUUUCCUCACAUGUUGUUUUUUAAUAUCUUGUCAUUAAACAAAUUAAGAUGUCAUUUUAUUGAGCAACACUACAUGCCAUUUUUUCAGAUCUGGAGUAAAAUUUGGUUUGUUAAGAUGACUUAUCUUUAGAUAUUUAUUUUUCUUUGGGGGAGGCUUUGCCAUGUUAAAGAUCAUUUCCAGGGCUCGUAGUUCAGCAUUAUGUGUUACAGGAAAUCCAGUCUAAGGGGCUGACUGGUUAAUAAAAAGCCCAGACAUACUUAAUAUUCCUCACACUGUGCCACCAACUUGACCUUAUCACAGGCACAGACUUUAUCAGAGAUUGGAGGGAGCAAACAGGUUCAUAAAAUCUUACAGGAGAUGGUUUCUUUAACAUCUAUGCAUCAAUUAGGGUCACAAGUAUUAUAGCUGAUAUUGGUGUAUUGAAUUGACAACUUUCUAAUUCAUCACAGCCCAUCUAUGCUCCAUGCCUGUGCAAGCUUGUACCAUACAUUUUGACAUGUAAUUCAUCAAAUGCUAAUAAACAUCUACCUUAAAUAUG